AUGGUUCCACGAACUAGAGCCACCGAGAGUUCAGCUCUACGACUGAUACCUACCGAGGCGGGUCCCUCGGGUCCCUUGGACCCUACUCGUCCUACGAUUGAACCAGAGAUCUCGAACGAGGAUACCUUUAAGGAGAUCGAGCCCGGAGGGGCUGCGACUCCGCUGCGGUCCGAGAACGAGGAGGAAGAUAUAAGCACUCAUGGGGAACAGCUACGUCGUCUCCUCGCUGAGCGAGAUAACCUCGCAGCGCAGGUGAAAAUUAUACGAGUACAAUUAGAUAUAGAAUAUCUGAAAGAAGAGAAGGCUAGCAACCAACUAAAACAGUUUUUCCCGAUUCUAGACACAACGCUUUUGACUCGUAAGCGAUAG